AUGGCCAGUAAAUCCAACGGCGUGGAAGGAUCCGAGUGGGCCCGGGCCCCACCGCCAACUGGUACCUGUAUGGGCAGAGUAGCCAAGAUCUUCUAUGACCCCAGCGACGGAAGCAUUUUAGGGAGGACGCCAAAACGAUGGGGUAUUGCCCUCGUCUUCUACUCGGUGUUCUACGCAGUUCUGGCGCUGCUCUUCGCCGCCUGCAUGGGCGGGCUGUUCCUGACCCUCGAUGAGAACAAACCCUCCUUCAUACUGGAGAGCUCCCUCAUAGGUGCCAACCCGGGAGUGGCUUUCAGGCCGAUGCCCGCCGACGGCGUUCUCGUCGAGGUAACCAAUAACAGGACCAGUGAAUCCUACGUCAGGCAGCUUCGAGAGUUCUUGGCUCCGUAUAGUAAUGACUCGUGGUUCACCGCGAAGUCGGGUUGCACGGAGGAGGAUAACUACGGCUUCCCGAGUUCACCCUGCUUCUUCAUCAAGCUGAAUAAGAUCUACGGCUGGAUUCCUGACCUAUACGACGUCAGCGAUCUGCCUUCGGACAUGGGCAGUGAUCUCGUCGAGUAUAUAAACAGUUUGCAGCCUCCUGAGCGCGAGCAGAUCUGGGUGUCGUGCUGGGCCGAAGCGGCGGGCAGCGGCAGCGUGGAGUACCCCUGGGGCGCUGGCCUGCCGGCGCGGUUCUUCCCCUACGUCAACGAGAGGGGCUACCGGGCGCCGCUGCUGCCUAUCAGGGUCACGCCGAACGUGAGCAAUUCAACGAUAGCAAUAAGGUGUCGGGCGUGGGCAAAGAACAUAAGGUACAACAAGAGCCUGAAGGAGCCGUCUGGAUAUGCGCGAAUUCUGCUGCAAGUCAACGAUUUUGACGCC